AUGAAUAAGGAACCGAGGCCAAGGGUCCGGAAACGAGUCACUCACAUCGUAACUGACAAUAAAGAUCGUCACAAUUAUGGAAGCGAGAAGCCACUUUUCAUAUAUUGUUGCAUUUGUGGGCAGAUGUCUCUGAUACUUGACUGUCCGCUAGAGAAACUGCCCGAACGCCCUCGUGAUCUUUCCCGCGUCCUCGACGUAUCCAAGAGAGCUCAUAAAAUUAAUGCCACCGAUGCAAGUCCAUCGAGUUGCGUCUAUGUAAGGUGGAAGGAUGGGAUCGAACGACAAUUUCGGAGGUACUGCAAGAGCUGUGGUCUCUUACUGUUCUAUAGACACAGCAUCAAAGGUCACAUUGUAAGUCUUUUUCUGGCUCUGCAAGCCGAGGGAGUACAAGCGCCCAAGAUGCGCCGCAGUGUACAACAGCAGGAAACCACCCAGGGUGUGGACACUGCCGUCACAGUCUCCACCAUCGAAGACGAGGAGGAGGAAGCCGAGGCCAAGGAGAUUGCUGAUUCCUAUGCUGCUAAUGCUCGUGUUAUUGAAGCCCAAAUGAUACGCAGGGGUAUCAUUAAGCGGCGGAUUGUUGACGAGGUAUGA